UUUUUUUUUCAGUGUCGUGAUACAUACUGGAUUGAGUCACUACACUUAGUGAUGUUAAUCUAUGCUCCAAAGCGUAUUCAUUUCACUCGAGCAGAUACCUAUGAAAUGCGAAUACAGCUGGCCAUUCUUGACUGGGUAAUGAAAUAAAGUAUUCAUUGUACUAUCUUCUUUGACGAAGUUUACACAGUUCUGUAUGUGUAGUGAUAUCUUUUACAAUGACUAUACACCCAUGUGUUUUUAACAUGAAUGAAAAUUCAAUCUCUAGGAGAUAUUCACAGUGUUGAUGAGCUGCAGAGAUAGUUUCAGAUCAUUAUAGUGCUUAUAUUGAGUCUAUCUAUUUGAACAGAAUGAAAAUGUGAUGCGAGAGGCCUCAUCUAUGCAAUACUACCAGACAAGCCGCCAGCCUGACAGGAUUGCUCCACACAGGGUUCUCACAGAAAAGACGUUCCAUUUCAAAGAGGAGAUUUGGGCAACCUUUUUCUCUUCUUUAUAG